CGGUCAACGACAUGGGAAACCUUAACUCCGCCCCCCGGAGAAGGGUGCUCAUCGCCCUCGUGUCCCUCACCGCCGUCGUCCUCAUCAUCCUCAACCGCAGGCAGAACCCCGAUGCAAGCUGGUUCUCCCUCUCGGCUAUAUCCAGCUCAUCCUCCGUCGAUCGUGGGAUCGCACAUCCUAUCCCACAGCUGAUGCUCGAUGCUCAGACGAAAUUUCGUGCUCUUGUAGCGAGGCAGAGUCAGACGCUCGACCAGGCUGUGAGAGAGUACAAGAAGAGGUAUAAGAGGGCACCGCCGCAGGGGUUCGACAAGUGGUGGAAGUUCUGCGAGGAACAUGAUGUCAAGGUCAGGGAUGAGUACGACCAGAUGAUGCGCGAUUUCGAGCCGUUCUUUGCUCUCUCAUCGGACGAGAUGAGACGUCGCUCGGAACAGGUCGCUCUCCUCCCUUCUAUCGACCUUGUUCGUAUACGGAAUGGCGACGCCAAGGUCGUCAACAUCCAAAAUGGCUUUGACGAUUCCGAAGUCUCAGCUCGUGCAAGAGGGUUCAAAGUCAUGAUUGAGCCGUUUAUGAAAGAGUUGCCUGAUCUUGACUUUCCUAUCAACGCCAAAGCCGAGGGUCGCAUUCUUAUCCCCUGGGAGCAUGUACAUUACCCAAAUAUGACAAAACAAGAUUCCUCAGGCGGUGUGGAAGAUAUGCUCGGAGGCAAGUUCAUCCCCGAUUGGCGGGGCGAUUCCUCCGUCUGGGAAGCAUUCCGUCGCACCUGCCCGCCUACCUCUGCUGCUCGGCGACUAUACUCCGCCACCGUCGCUCAGCUCGAAAGCGGACAGAUCCCGAUGAACCUCCUCAGUGCGCAGGCCGAAGCACGGGGAAAGGCCCCUGUGCCUAGCGGUGACUUCUCCUUCCAGGAAGAUACCGAUGACCAUUUCUCCUUCUGCGACCAUCCGGAGAUCCAUGUCCAGCAGGGUCAUUUCUUCUCCGACUGGCGUACAAUUCCCGUCCUCUACCCCGUUUUCUCCCCUGCUAAGGCACCCGGGUUCGCAGACAUCCUCAUUCCGAGCCACUACUACUAUGCCAGCACGAAACGGUACACCUAUGGGUGGGACCCGGUACGAGAGGUCAUCAAGGAGACCGAUGAUGGCGAGGUGAGGUGGAACAGGAAGAAGGACCUGAUAUUCUGGAGAGGGGCGACCACGGGUGGAGGAAGUAGCCCGCCGGGGUUCAUCGCGCAUUAUCAGAGGCAUCGAUUUAUACGCAUGACAUCCGACGUCACGUCAGACAAAAACCGCACCGUCGUAGUCGCCAACCCUCCAGGAACAAACCACUACGUCGCCGCACAAGUACCCAUCCCGACGCUGAACACCUUCAUCGACGCUGCGUUCACCAAAGCGGUGGGAUGCUCUGCCUACCCAGGUGGGGGCUGUGAGGCCAUGCGUCGCGAGCACAGGUUUGCAGACGCCGUCUUGCUCAAUGAACAUUGGAAGUACAAGUAUUUGAUUGACGUGGAUGGGAUGGGCUACUCGGCGCGGUUUAUGGGCUUCUUGGCCAGUGAGAGCGCGGUCAUGAAGAAUACUGUAUAUUUGGAGUACUUCUCCGAGUGGAUCCAACCUUGGCUCCACUUCAUUCCCGUCUCCCAGAAUUAUCAAGAGAUCUACAACAUCUACUCCUACUUCUCAGGAGGAGAGUCCCUCGCCCAAAUCGCCAACGCCACCAAUCCCGUCCCUCCUACCAUCGGGCGGAAACACGACGGGGACACGCAACUGCGGCUGAUUGCGAAGGCCGGCCGGCAGUGGAAGAAGACUAUUGGCAGGAAAGUUGACAUGGAAGCGUAUGUGUAUCGCUUGUGUUUAGAGUAUGCGCGGCUGUGGGCAGAUGACAGGGAUGAAGGGUCGUUCAAGGGUUGAUGGACUCGUUCAGUAGGGAGACUACCCUAGAGAUUUGUAUUGUACUCGUAGUAAUAUCAUCCUUAUACUAUAU